AUGUUCGGAGCAAGCUACUGGCUCCUGUUGACCGCGCUUGUCGCGUACUUCGUCUACACCCUUACCUCAGUGUGUCCCAUAAAUGACCCAUCACCGCUUUCCAUCGAUACGCUUUUCCACAAAUCUCCAGUCACAUACCACACUUGUGUGCUCAGCCAUGAGUACUUGAAGCCGGUGUAUCUCGCGGAAGUGCUUCCAAGGUACCAACAUAAUGUCGAACCAGUGUUGAAGGACAUCGACAGCAAGCUUCACUUGACAUUUGUGGCUCAAUCGCUCCGUCAGAUGGUCGAUUCUGUGGCCAGGAACCACAGAGUGGCUGCUUUCGUGGAAAACAGAAUAGCCAACGCCCAGUACGUCAUUGACGGCUCAAGUGCAUGGCUUGAGCCCAGAUCAACACGCUUGAGAGCCGUUGCCCGGGGCAAAUUGGCCUAUUACUGGGCCUUGGCCAAGGUGUACUUGCACCAGACAGUUGAAACCAUACAGGUGUACUACUACGAUCUCAGUGGCAAGGUUGCCGUGGCAGUACAGCCCUACUCCGAGAAGGUAUUGGAUUCCGAGUGGGUGGCUUCAGCCGUUUUCUGGUUCAAUCGCCUGGUAGAAGCGUUCUGGGCAAAAGCCAACUCUCACUACCUCCAGGAAAAGAGAGACUUCAUCAAGUCUGAGUUCAAAAACUUGGUGAAAUUCGACGAAUUCGGGCUCAGCAAAUCCCAGCCUGUGGACGACAUCGCGUCGUUGUUGGUCGAAGAACCAACUGCCUCCAGUGAGGAUGAGAUCGAAAGAGUCACGAUUGUACUCACCUCCACUUUAACUGCCACCGCUACCCCCACCGAGGUUGGUAUCAGUGUGGAGGACUACCAGGACUACGAUGUGAUCAAGUUGAACCAAGAAUUGGAGCUCUGGGAUGGCAAGGUUGCCAGAACGUUGGAAAUGGCCGCCAACAACUUGGAAGUGGAAAUGAAGCCUGUUAUUGAUCAAGCAAUUCUUUCCAUUAAGGAUGACAUCAGCUCCAAGAUGCAGCAGUUGCAAGUAGAGAACUACAAACAGUACCAGCAGCUCAACAAAAUGAUCAAGGAAAUCAGCAAGGAUUACGAGAGAAUUGAGCAAACCAAUGACACCACUAUUGAAAGCGUAACUAGGCAAGAAGUCAGAGAUGUGAUUGCAAAAUCGUACCAAUUGCCAGAGGAAUUGGCUCUGACUAUCCAAAACGAAUACCUUAUUAAAGCCCAUGAGUAUGUGACAAACAACUAUUUUAGGGUGAUACAAGACACCAUUGAUAUCUUGGAGACAUUUGCUGAAAACACCAUCCAAGACUUCUCGAAGCUGUUGACGACGUUAUUGGCCGAAUUGAACUUUGAAAACGAGGAGAUUGACUGGCAAGCAUGGAAACAGUUCCACAGGGUGAAGGAGCAGUUGUUCGAUUUCCGCGACAGCAUUAUGGAUACAGCCAAUGAGUAUAAGUUGAACAAGUCCAACAAUAAGGAAUUGCAGACUAUCGGAUUACAAGUAUGGAAUGAGUACUUGAAAAACGUUGAGUUCCAUAUCAACUUUUUGCUCAGAGACAAUGAUGACUAUUUGAAGUUGGCCAGGGCCAAAGCGAAUGUCGCUUUCCAAUUGAGAGAAGGUUUGGUAAGGGGACUUGAAGCGAAGAAGGUCGAAGAAGAACCCCAAGCACAGGCAGAUCCAAUUGAGUCCCAACCGGAGACUUCAGUAGAAGAGCCCAUUGAGACCCAACCAGAGCACCAACCAGAGUCAAUUGAGAAUCAACCGGAUGUUUCAGUUGAGGAUUCUACCGAUGCCCAACCAGAGACUCCAUCAGUUGAAGAGGCUAUUGAUUCCGAACGAGAUGUUUUAGUUGAAGACUUCCUCGAUGACCAACCAGAUUCGAUUGAGACCCAACCAGAUGUUUCAGCGGAAGACUCCGUCGUUCCCCAACCAGAAGAGCAGCCAGACCACCCACACGCUCAGGAGAAAGAUACAAUUUCGGAAUCCGCAAUUAAAGAUUCGCAGCCGGUAUCGCAUCCCCAGUCGCCUGAAUCGCAGGAAACUCCGGAUCAUGCAAGCACGGCUGAAAGCGUGGAGGCUAGUGACGAGGAAAAUUCCGAAUCUCGGGAAAACAUUGUUCUUGAGGCUGUGGAGACCGUGAUCAACGCCCCCACCGAAGACGACUACGAGUCCGUUCCGUUUGAGGCAGUUUCAGAAGACGAUCAUGAGCUUGUUGAGGAAACAAUCCCGGCGGACGUGGAGGAAAGUGGAGACGAGGAUGAGUACGAAGUAGAGGAAGUUAUUGUCGAAGAGGAAGAGGAAGAGGAGGAAGAAGAAGACAAAGAAGACGAUGAGGAUCUCGCCAGCGAGGCGGAGACAUUCUAG